UGCCCGACGUGCAGGUGGGUGAGCUCCCCAACUCCCUGGUGCUUAUGGCGGAGCGUCUGGGGGACGCGGAGCGCAAGAGACGCCAUGCCAGGAAGGACGACUACAACAUCGAGGUCUUGCUGGCGGUGGAUGACUCGGUCGUACGCUUCCAUGGGAAGGAGCACGUCCAGAACUACGUCCUCACCCUCAUGAACAUAGUGGAUGAAAUUUAUCAUGAUGAGUCCCUGGGUGUUCACAUCAACAUCGUGCUGGUCAGGAUGAUCAUGGUGGGAUACCGCCAGUCAGUCAGCCUGAUAGAGCGAGGAAACCCAUCUCGGAGCUUGGAGCAGGUCUGCCGCUGGGCUCACUCGCAGCAGCGCUCCAACCCGGAGCACACCGAGUACCACGACCAUGCUGUAUUCCUCACCAGGCAAGAUUUUGGUCCCGCAGGCUAUGCACCGGUGACAGGGAUGUGCCACCCCCUCCGCAGCUGCACCCUCAACCACGAAGACGGCUUCUCCUCGGCAUUUGUCGUCGCCCACGAGACCGGCCACGUGUUAGGCAUGGAGCAUGAUGGCCAGGGCAACCGCUGCGCCGAUGAGACCAGCAUGGGGAGCAUCAUGGCACCACUGGUCCAGGCUGCCUUCCACCGUUACCACUGGUCCCGCUGCAGCAAGCAGGAGCUCAACCGCUACAUUCACUCCUACGACUGCCUCCUGGAUGACCCCUUUGAGCACCAGUGGCCCGCCUUACCUAAGCUGCCGGGCAUCAACUACUCCAUGGACGAGCAGUGCCGCUUCGACUUUGGCGUGGGCUACAAAACCUGCACGGCAUUCCGCACGUUUGACCCCUGCAAGCAGCUGUGGUGCAGCCACCCGGACAACCCCUACUUCUGCAAGACCAAGAAGGGGCCACCCUUGGAUGGGACCGAAUGCUCUCCAGGCAAGUGGUGCUUCAAGGGUCACUGCAUCUGGAAGACGUCAGAGCAGCCCUACAGCCAGGACGGCAGCUGGAGCUCCUGGUCCAAGUUUGGCUCGUGCUCCAGGACCUGCGGGGGAGGCGUGCGCUCGCGCAGCCGGAGCUGCAACAACCCUCCCCCGGUGUAUGGCGGGCGCCACUGCCCGGGAGCCACCUAUGAGUACCAAGUGUGCAACGCCGAGGAGUGCCCAGGGCCCUAUCAGGAUUUCCGUGCCCAGCAGUGCUCCAAGCGCAACUCCUACUACACCCACCAGAACAGCAAGCACGCCUGGCUUCCCUACGAGCAUCAUGACGAUGCUCAGAAGUGUGAGCUGAUCUGCCAGUCAGAGGGGACAGGGGACGUGGUGUUCAUGAAUCAGGUUGUUCACGACGGUACCCGCUGCAGCUACCGAGACCCCUACAGCAUCUGCGUCCGGGGCGAGUGUGUGCACGUCGGCUGUGACAAGGAGGUCGGCUCCCUGAAGCAGGAUGACAAGUGCGGGGUCUGCGGGGGGGACAACUCCCACUGCCGGACAGUGAAGGGCACGCUGGCCAAGACCCCCAAGCAGCCAGGUCUUUUGAAGAUGUUUGAUAUUCCAGCUGGGGCGAGGCACCUUCAGAUAGAAGAGAUGGAGCCGGGAUCCCACAGCAUUGCUGUUAAGAAUCAAGCCACGGGUAAUUUCAUCCUUAACGCCAAGGGCAAAGAAGCCAAAAGCCAAGUGUUCAUUGAGAUGGGCUUGGAGUGGGAAUACACUGUGGAACACGGCAAGGAGAGCCUGAAAACCAGCGGGCCUCUGCACGAGGCCGUCAGUGUCCUGGUCAUCCCUCAGGAGGAGGAGGCGAGGAGCAGCCUCAUGUACCGCUACAUCAUCCAUGAAGACCUGCUGCCCAUGAUCGGGAACAACAACGUCCUGCUGGAGGAGAUGGAUUCCUAUGAGUGGGCCCUCAAGAGCUGGUCUCAGUGCUCCAAGGCGUGUGGAGGAGGCAUCCAGUACACCAAGUACGUGACCGACACCCGCAGGGGCCCAAGGACCUUCUGUGACAAUGGCAAGAAGCCGAAACCCAUCCGCCGGCGCUGUAACCUCCAGGAGUGCUCCCAGCCAACCUGGGUGGCUGAGGAGUGGGGUGCCUGCAGCAAAUCCUGCGGCAAGCUGGGGGUGCAGGCACGGGUGGUGCAGUGCGUGCAACGCCUGCAUGAUGGCACCAACCGCACCCUGCACACCAAGUACUGCCCCGGCCAGCGCCCUGAGACCCGCCGGCCCUGCAGCCGCCUGCCCUGCCCGCCACAGUGGAGGACGGGAGCCUGGUCGGAGGACAAGGUGGCAUUCAGGGACGGGGCGGGGGGGAAGCUCUCCGGCAUCACUGCCAGCACGGACGCAGGCGACCAUGGCACCCCCAAAGGGCAGCGGGGGCCCCAGGAUGGGGCCAAAAACCCCGUUAGCAAGAUCUCCUCCAGUAAGUGUCCCUGCUUGG